AUGUACAAUGCCAAAAAGUGUACUCAAAAUUGUAUAUUAACACCAUCUCAAGGUAAAUCAAUAUUUGAUCCUAUAAAAAAAAUUCUUGUUUGGAAUAUUGGUACAAUCGAAACUAAGACACAAAAUAUAGCACAUUUACCAACAAUACGUGCUAAUAUUAUUCUAGUAACUGGUCAACCAAUACCUGAAUCAAAUCCAAUAUUAAAUGUUUCUUUUCAAAUUAAUCAAUUAGCUAUAUCAGGAAUACGAGUACAACGUGUUGAUAUGUAUGGAGAAACAUAUUAA